UUCGUCCGAGAGCAGAGCUAGGACGUGGGGUGCUUGCUGUUUCUGUUCUUCUGGAGGCUUCCAAAGAUUUGCGGGAGGUUUGAGAAUGAGUGGAACCCGGCGGAGGGCGGAGAGAGGGAGCCGAGCAGGGAAACGGGCCGACGAUCGCGGCGGGCGGGCGGAGACUGAUGCACCUCGAGAAGUCGGGAGCUUGAUCCACCAGCCCGAGAACCUGUUACUCCCUGCCUCCAGCUGCUUGGCCCCUGGAGACCGAGCUCGAUUCAGAGCCAGCAGACAUCACCCUUUCUUCCCAAACCUAACUCUUUCUUUCUUUCUGUUUUUCUUGCUUCUCCCUUCUGUGCUCUCCCUCCCGUUUCCCCGGCUUCUCCGAUCUGUAUUCUCUCCAGCCCCGCAAACGUCUUUCCCCUUCCGCGGCCUCCAGAUCUCCUCCUUCGCCAACAGCAGCUGGACGCGCACGGACGGCCUCGCGUGGCUGGGGGAGCUGCAGCCCUAUACUUGGCGCAAUGAGUCGAGCACCAUCCGCUUCCUGAAGCAUUGGUCUCAGGGCACAUUCAGCGACCAGCAGUGGGAGCAGCUGCAGCAUACAUUUCAGGUUUAUCGCAGCAGCUUCACCAGGGACGUCCGGGAAUUCGUGAAAACGCUGCCUGGCGACUAUCCUUUUGAGAUCCAGGUAUCUGGAGGAUGUGAGUUACUCCCGAGGAACAUCUCAGAAAGCUUCUUACGUGCAGCAUUUCAAGGAACGGAUGUCCUAAGUUUCCAAGGAAUGUCUUGGGUGUCAGCCCCAGAUGCACCCCCUUGGAGCCAGGUGGUCUGCAAGGUGCUCAAUGGGGACCAAGGGACCAAGGAAACGGUGCACUGGCUCCUCCAUGACAUCUGCCCCGAGUUGGUCAAAGGCCUCAUGCAGACCGGGAAGUCUGAGCUGGAGAAGCAAGUGAAGCCAGAGGCUUGGCUUUCCAGUGGCCCCAGUCCUGGGCCUGACCGUCUGCUGCUGGUGUGCCACGUCUCAGGAUUCUACCCAAAACCUGUGUGGGUGAUGUGGAUGAGGGGCGAGCAGGAGGAGCCUGGCACUCAGCAAGGAGACGUCAUGCCCAAUGCCGACUCGACUUGGUAUCUGCGAGUAACCCUGGAUGUGGCGGCUGGGGAGGCGGCUGGCUUGAGUUGCCGAGUGAAGCACAGCAGUCUAGGAGACCAGGACAUCAUCUUGUACUGGGAUGGGAAACGUGUCUCCAGGGGCUUGAUUGUCGUCCUGGUAAUACUGGUGUUCGUCCUUCUGUUUGUUGGAGGCUUAGUCUUCUGGUUUAGGAAGCACCGCCGCUAUCAAGAUAUCUCGUGACUCUCCUGCCCACACCUAUCUGUCUGGACUUCAGGAUCUCAGGCCUUUAGCCCUCAGAAUUUGAGGGUGAAAGAGAGCUACCUUGAAGAAGCAGAGAAGAGGGAGCUCUUCUCACACACUUUGAACAUUUUAUCUAAGAGGAUUUAAGUAUUUUUUUUUCUUUUAGUAUACUACAAGUAUAUAUGUCCAAGUAGUUCUGUAAAAAAAAGAAGUGCAAACUCAGAUACGUCUCAGGGACAAGCAGAUAAAGGUUGCAGUGUAACUGUGUGUGGUCAUUAUUUGAAUGAUGGAAUAUGCAGUCAACUGGAAGAUACUUUUCCUGUUCCAAGGAAGCAAGUGCAACUAUUCCUUGUGAAGUAUAAAGUAAGACCCUGGCUUGGCUGUAACCCACCUUUUUUCAAGAAAAACAGAGGUCUAGCAUUAUAUGUGAACAAGCCUAUAUUAGUGUGUUGACAGAAACCUUUACAAUAUGUGGGGUGUUGUUCAGUUGCUCAGUCGUGUCUGACUCUUUGCGACCCUAUCAGUUCAGUUGUUUGCGACCCUAUCAGUACAAUAUGUGGGGUGUUGUUCAGUUGCUCAGCAUACCAGGCUUCCCUGUCCUUCGCCAUCUUCUGGAGCUUACUCAAACUCAUGUCCGUUGAGUCAGUGAUGCCAUCCAAC